AUGGCGUACAGCUAUAACGUCGAAGAGGUGCCGCCGGACGACGUGCCGUGCGUCCAGCACGACGUACGACGCGCUAAGAUGUUUCUUCAGAAACACAGUUCGGAGUCGGGCGACAGCUUAUACGAUCAUUUAACCGAGCUGCUGGCCAAAAUCCUCGCGGAGAGACCGAAAAACGUCGUCGACUUUUUCGAGGAAUAUAGUCGACGAGUGAAAGAAGAGAGAUUUAAAACGGACACGGACUAUAUUCGAGAUUUGUACGUGCCGCCGGCGCGAUACGAGAACGCGAAGAAGAUUAUCGAACUGUUCAAGAGCGUUCAACAGAUCGAUGAAGAGAAUUCCGCAGAGCUGGAGGAAGAGGGCGAGGAUGACGAAGACGAGGGGAAGAGAAAGGAGAAACCGAAUAUGAUGAUCCUUUUGUUCUAUUUCGAACAGACUGACGUAGGAUUGCCCCGCAGUGAAAUGGUGGUGCUUAAUUUGUCCAUUCGGAAACUUAUGGUCGACGCCCCUAUAGAGAACGUCAGAUUCUGGGGAAAGAUCCUUGGGAAUCCGAAAAAUUAUUACGUGGUAGAGGCUGAUCUUAAACCAGACGAGUUGGAUAAAAGAUUGGAGAAAUUAGCAGAAAUGGAGAAUAGGAAACGGGAAGAGGACCAAACGAAGGCGGAAGUAGCUGCGGUAGCUGCGGAUGAAACAGCUGCGCAAGCAGAACGAGAAGAUGCAAGGGAUGCAGAGGAGGAGGCAACGGAGAAAGAAGAAAAAGAGAAGGACGGUUUGAAGCUCGUGUUUCCACCGCUGCCUAUCGCUUCGUGGAAACCGCCACCGGAAGUGCCCAUGGAAAAAAUUGGGACCGGUGUGAAUUCCAAGGUGUAUUUUGUAUGCAACGAGCCCGGGCUGGACAAGUGGAUCGAACUUCCACCGGUUACACCGCAGCAGAUACUAAUCGCCCGGCAGAUUGUCCGCUGUUGCACGGGAAAUUUGGACACGCCGAUUCACACGUUCCCGCCGUUCCCCGGCACGGAAAGGAAUUAUCUCAGGGCGCAAAUAGCAAGGAUUAGCGCGGCCACUCUGGUCUCGCCUGUAGGAUUUUUCACUCUCGCCGGCGAGGACGAGGAGGAGGCGCUGCCCGAGGAACCGGAAGAGGGUAAUUUUUCAUGUGAAACCUUAUCGGAGAAUCCGAACUACGAUCCCCUGCCAAUUAAGGAGUUAGCGGACAGUUCUAUGGCGAACUGGUGUCAUCACUCACGAUAUAUUUUGAAACAAGGACGUACAAAUUGGUGGGACCCUGACAAGAAAGAGGAUGAAGAAGACAUCGACCAAGAAGAAUUAGAGGAGGAAGAAGAAGAAGAAGAAGAAGAAGAGCAGACGACAAAGGCUCGAGAAGAGGUAGGACCUCCUCUGCUGACACCCUUAUCAGAAGACGCCAUCAUGGAUUCGAUAGUUCCCUGGACAGCUAGGCAAUCAUCGCGCGUGAUGGCAGAUUUAUCGGUGGCACUGGUCAAAUCGAACAUUUGGCCUGGAGCGUUCGCAUUCGCUAGCGGAAGACGCUUCGCUAACGUGUACGUCGGCUGGGGCCACAAGUACAACGCGUACAACUACAGUCCGCCGUCGAUGCCGCCGAUUCAGGAGCAGUACAAAAUUGGCCCAGAGAUCAUGGAGAUCCAAGAUCCUACUUUCGAACAGGAAGAGGCCUACCGCAUUGCUCAUUUGCCGCCGUCGCCACCCAUAGCGACAGAUGAGGAAGAGGAAGGCGUAGAAGAAGAAGAGGAAGAAGAAGAAGAGGAGGAGGAGGAUUAA